AGGCCUAGAAAAUGUUGUUGUAUGGGGCCCCAUGGCGGCUCUGAUUGUGGGUGACACGGCUCCUCUUGCCCUCACAGUGCCGCGGCUAGCAUGAAAGAGUUCUCUAGCGCCUCACAAGAUCCCUCCACUUUAGCGCCGAGUGAAAGGGAGAGGCAUAAGUGGGAGGAGCUCGCUGGGGAGCAGCCCUGAAGCACACGCACUGUCACUCAUCAGCCGCCCCUCAGCUUGACAGCGAGGAGAGAGAGAAGGUGGGGGUCCUGGCACUUGUACCCGGCGCUUGGCACACAAGGCAUAGCCAAUAUGUCUGAAGUGAGAAAAUUCACCAAGCGCCUGAGCAAACCGGGAACCGCGGCGGAGCUGAGGCAGAGCGUGUCUGAAGCGGUCCGGAGCUCCGUUAUUCUGGAGAAAGCAAGAGUGGUGGAGCCAUUGGAUUAUGAAACUGUCAUAUCCCAAAGAAAAGCUCAGAUUUACAGUGAUCCGCAUAGGGAUAUGCUAAUGUUUCCCAUGGAAGAUGUGUUUAUUUCUACAGUCGAUCGUCAGUGGAGGACAGUGCACUCUGUUGUACCUGAAGAUGCAGAGAAUCGGGCAAGAAGCCUGUUUGUGAAAGAGUGCAUAAAAUAUUAUAGCUCUCACUGGAAAGUGGUAAACUACAAAUAUGAAGAAUACUCAGGUGACUUUCGAGCUUUGCCCUGCAAAUCAUUUCGCCCAGAAAAGAUCCCAAAUCACAUAUUUGAAAUAGAUGAAGAUUUUGAUAAAGAUGAGGACUCUGCAUCAAUGUGUUCUCAGAAGGGAGGAGUCAUUAAACAAGGCUGGCUGAAUAAAGCCAAUAUAGGCACCACUAUUCCUGUUACAAUGAAGGUAUUCAGAAGGAGGUACUUCUAUCUAACUCAGCUGCCUGAUGGGUCCUAUAUCCUUAACUCAUACAAGGAUGAGAAAAACUCAAAAGAUUCCAAAGGCUGCAUUUUCCUGGAUUCCUGCAUUGAUGUCACCCUGUGUCCUAAGAUGCGUCGUAAUGCUUUUGAGUUGAGAAUGAUGGACAAAUCCAGCCAUUAUCUGGCGGCAGAAACAGAACAGGAAAUGGAGGAGUGGCUGCUGACUUUAAAGAAAAUCAUUCAAAUCAAUGCAGACAGCUUGGUGCAGGAGAAGAAGGACACAGUGGACCCUGUACAAGAUGAUGACGCCAGCAGCGCUCAGGGGAAAUCGGAAAACAUUAUGGAGAGUUUGGAAAGAAGCAUGCAUCCUGAACUGAUGAAGUAUGCAAAAGAGACUGAGCAGCUUAAUAAGUUAAGCAGAAAUGAAGGACGGCAAAACAUCUUCUCAUUUGAUUCAGAAGUUCAGAGAUUGGAUUUCUCAUUCAUUGAGCCAGACAUAAGGCCAUUCGAAGAGAAAGGCAGCCAGCGUUUUAUUGCAAAGUGUCAAGAUUUGGUCUUCAGUGUCCUUGGAAAUGUAAAUGAGAAGCCAGAUGGACCACUAACAAAUGUGGAGCCUUUCUUUGUCAAUCUGGCAUUAUUUGAUGUGAAAAACAAUUGCAAAAUCUCUGCUGAUUUCCAUGUGGACCUGAAUCCUCUGGCGGUACGACAGAUGUUGCCCAAUAUUUUAGGUCAGUCAGUUAGAGAAGAAAUUUCCAGAAGAGCAUCAGUCAGUGAAAACCUCAUCCACGGAAUUCCUGAAUCUCAUUUCUUGGACAUAAAAGAGGGGAUCUUUUCAGUAACAAACCCACACCCUGAAAUUUUCCUUGUAGCGCGGGUGGAAAAAGUACUACAGGGCAAUAUUACGCACUGCGCUGAACCGUAUAUGAAAAACUCUGAUCCUGCAAAGACUGCCCAAAAGGUUCUCAAGAAUGCUAAACUGGCAUGCAGUAGACUGGCUCAGUACAGGAUGCCAUUUGCCUGGGCUGCAAGGCAAGUAUUCAAAGAUACACAGGGCACACUCGACACUGAAGCAAAAUUCUCUCCUUUAUACAAACAAGAUAGCAGCAAACUCUCAACAGAUGACCUCUUAAAGCUACUGACAGAGUACAGAAAACCUGAAAAAACAAAGCUUCAAGUUAUUCCUGGACAGCUUAAUGUUUCAGUAGAUUGCAUUCCCAUUGACUUCUCAAACUGUGCCACGUCUUCCUAUAUUCCCGUAAGGCCAUACAACACAGAGAGCCCAGGGAUUGCUGUUGAGGUAGAAGAGUUUGUGCCAGAGAUGACAAAAUACUGCUAUCCAUUCACGAGCUACAAAAACCACUUUUACGUCUAUCCUCUGCAUCUUAAGUAUGAUAACCAGAAAACAUUUGCCAAGGCCAGGAACAUUGCAGUCUUGAUUGAGUUCAGAGAUUCCGAUGAGCCUGACUGCCAAGCUCUGAAGUGCAUUUAUGGGAAGCCCGGUGGACCUGUGUUCAGCAGAAAUGCCUAUGCUGUUGUCUUGCACCAUAAUCAGAGCCCAGAGUUCUAUGAUGAGAUAAAACUGGAACUACCUCUACACCUUCACCAAAAGCACCAUUUAUUAUUCACCUUCUACCAUGUCAGCUGUGAUAUCAACUCCAAGGGAAGUAGCAAGAAGAAUGAGAAUCCUGAAACACCAGUUGGCUACAGCUGGGUUCCUUUGUUGAAGGAUGGCCGCAUUAUAACUUCUGAGCAACAGUUACCUGUUUCAGCCAACCUUCCUGCUGGUUAUCUGAGCUGCAGUAAUCCUGAUGCAAAAAAGGUUGGCAGUGAUAUUAAAUGGGUCGAUGGGGCAAAGCCACUCUUUAAAAUCAGAGGCCACUUAAAGUCAACUGUUUAUACUCAGGAUUUGCACCUGUACAACUUUUUUAGCUACUGCCAGAAUGUUCAGUCUGGAUCCAAAGAUCUUCAUGGGGAAAUGGUGAAAUACUUAAAGUGCUUGCAUGCCAUGGAGGUUCAAGUGAUGAUUCAGUUUCUGCCUGUGAUUCUCAUGCAGCUUUUUCAGGUCCUUACUACGGUUUCCCAGGAGGAUGAGGUAGCCUUAAACUGCACUCUGGUUCUCCUUCACAUUGUGUCAAAAUGCCAUGAAGAAGGUUUAGAUCAUUACCUGCGCUCCUUUUUAAAGUAUGUUUUUAGAAUAGAGAAGCCAAGUUCCUCGCAUUCAAGGCCCAUGCAUGAAAUCCUAGCAACCACAAUGAUAACAGUACUGAAACAGUCUGCAGAUUUUCUGGCAAUCAACAAGUUACUGAAGUACUCGUGGUUUUUCUUCGAAGCUUUGGCCAAGGCUAUGGCCUUAUUCCUGAUAGAAGAGAACAAAAUUAAGACUUCUCGGCCACAGAGGUUUCCGGAAUCUUACCAAAAUGUCCUGCACUCACUUCUCCUUUCCAUAAUUCCACAUGUCACAAUAAGGUAUGGGGAGAUUCAAGAGGAAUCUAGAAAUGUCAAUUUUAGUCUGGCCAACUUCAUCAAGAGAUGCCUUACCUUCAUGGACAGAGGAUUUGUCUUUAAUCUUAUCAACGACUACAUGUCAGGGUUCUCUCUAAAAGAUCCAAAGAUUCUAAAUGAAUACAAAUUUGAGUUUUUACAAACCAUCUGCAGCCAUGAACAUUUCAUCCCUCUUAACCUACCAAUGGUGUUUGCAAGACCCAAGCUACUGAGAGUCCAAGAUUUGUUAUCAUAUGCUGUGGAACGGUUCACUUCCCUAGAUAUAAAUCUUGAAUGCAGUUUGACCGACGACUAUUGCAGGAACCAUUUUCUAGUUGGGCUCUUGUUGAGAGAAGUUCAGCAGGUUCUACAGGAGAACUAUGACAUCAGAUAUAUUGCAAUUUCCACUCUAAAACAAAUCCUAAUCAAACAUGCUUUUGACAACAGAUACCAGCACAAGAACCAGCAAGGAAAAAUUGCUCAAUUAUAUCUCCCCCUGAUAGCCAUGCUAUUGGGGAACGUGUCACGGUUUGCUGGCAAGGACACUCUGUACUAUUGUGCUGCCAUGUCUAACUCUACUUCCAGAGACUCCUUUAUAUGCAGCUUCACUGCUUCCAACAGAUCAAGCCUCAUCAUUGACAAAGACACAGGUUGCAGUUCAAUUUCCAAUGGCUAUAUUCUGAAAAGAGAGGACUCCAGAGGUUCAUUGUGUAUUGAUGGAGCAACAGAACAAACCAGCACUGGGGAAAAUAUGCGCAGAUGUUCUACAAAAAGCACUGUGUCCCAGUACAGCCGAUUGGAUUCUUAUGAGAUAAAAAGCCUGCUUAUUUGUUAUCUGUAUAUCGUCAAAGUGAUUUCAGAAGAUUUGCUAAUCAGCUAUUGGAAUAAAAUUACUGCACCGGAGCUUCUCAGUUUCCUUACACUUCUCGAGGUUUGUUUGUUUCACUUCAGAUAUACAGGAAAACGGAACAUAGCCAGAGUUCAGGAUGUGUGGAUGUCCAAGCACUUUGCAGGAGACAGGAAGUCUCAGACCAUGCCUGCUCUACGGAGUCGGACAGGAGCCAUUCAGGCUCGACUGCAAAAUCUUAGCAGCCUGGAAAGCUCCUUUACCCUUAAUCUCAGUUCAAGCACCACUGAAGCAGACAUUAUCCACCAGGCAUUGCUUGAAGGGAAUUGUGCCACAGAAGUUUCUUUGACAGUACUGGACACUAUUUCUUUCUUCACACAGACGUUUAGGACACAGCUUCUUAACACUGACUGUCACAAUCCACUCAUGAAGAAAAUAUUUGACAUUUAUCUGGCCUUCCUGAAAAAUGGUCAAUCGGAGAUGUGCUUAAAACACGUAUUUGCAUCGCUAAGAGCCUUCAUUAGCAAGUUUCCUUCAGCCUUCUUCAAGGGGCGAGUGAAUAUGUGUGCAGCUUUUUGCUAUGAAGUUCUAAAGUGCUGCACAUCCAAACUGAGCUCCACCAGGAACGAGGCCUCGGCUGUUCUGUAUCUUCUCAUGAGGAAUAACUUUGAGUUCACAAAGAGGAAAACAUUUCUGAGGACACACCUUCAAAUUAUAAUUGCUGUGAGCCAGUUAAUUGCAGAUGUGGCUCUCAGCGGAGGAUCCAGAUUUCAAGAAUCACUUUCUAUCAUUAACAACUUUGCCAACAGCGACAGGGCGAUGAAGGCAACUUCCUUCCCUUCAGAAGUCAAGGACCUGACUAAAAAGAUCCGUACUGUUAUCAUGGCUACUGCUCAAAUGAAGGAACACGAGAAGGAUCCAGAAAUGCUGAUUGAUCUACAAUACAGUUUGGCCAAGUCUUACGCAAGUACUCCCGAGCUCAGAAAGACCUGGUUAGAGAGCAUGGCCAAAAUACACAUGAAAAACGGAGAUUACUCAGAGGCUGCAAUGUGUUCUAUCCAUGUGGCUGCAUUAGUUGCAGAGUUCCUGUUACGGAAAAAGUUAUUCCAUUGUGGGUGCUCUGCAUUUAAGAAGAUCACUCCCAAUAUUGAUGAAGAGGCAGCAAUGAAAGAAGAUGCAGGCAUGAUGGACGUCUACUACAGUGAGGAAGUGUUGGUGGAAUUACUUGAACAAUGUGUUGAUGGGCUGUGGAAGGCAGAGCGAUAUGAAACAAUUACGGAGGUCUCUAAAUUGCUUAUCCCAAUUUAUGAAAAGAAGCGAGAAUUCGAGAAACUCACCCAGCUGUACAGGACUCUCCAUGGCGCUUACACGAAAAUCCUAGAAGUCAUGCAGACUGGAAAACGACUUCUAGGAACUUACUUCAGGGUAGCCUUUUUUGGACAGGCUUUCUUUGAAGAUGAGGAUGGAAAGGAAUAUAUCUACAAAGAGCCGAAACUCACAGGACUCUCAGAAAUCUCAUUGCGGCUUCUUAAUCUUUACGGUGAAAAGUUUGGCACAGAAACUGUGAAAAUUAUUCAAGAUUCAAACAAGGUGAAUGCCAAAGACCUGGACCUCAAGUUUGCCCAUAUUCAAGUAACAUAUGUGAAGCCAUACUUUGAAGAGCAAGAUCUUUCUGAUAGAAAAACUGAUUUUGAGAAGAACCACAAUGUCAGCCGAUUUGUUUUCGAAACUCCCUACACUCUGUCGGGUAAAAAGCACGGCUGCGUGGAAGAGCAAUGCAAGAAACGCACCAUUUUAACAACAUCCAACUCAUUUCCAUAUGUCAAGAAAAGAAUAGCAGUUAUCUAUGAGCACCAGGUUGAUCUGACACCAGUGGAUGUUGCCAUUGAUGAGAUUAAAGAGAAAACCGCUGAUCUGCAGAAGAUAUGCACCUCUCCUGACAUAGAUAUGAUACAGUUGCAACUGAAGCUGCAAGGCUGUGUGUCGGUGCAGGUCAAUGCCGGUCCUUUGGCUUACGCCAGAGCGUUCCUUGAAGACAGUCGGGCCGGCAAGUAUCCCAACAAAAAGAUUAAAGAGUUAAAGGAUAUCUUCAAGCAGUUCAUCCAAGCUUGCAGUAUAGCACUGGACUUGAACGAGCGGCUUAUAAAGGAAGACCAGAUAGAAUACCAGGAGGGUCUCAAGUCAAACUUUAGGGACAUGGUAAAGGAGCUUUCAGACAUAAUUCAUGAGCAGAUGUUCCAGGAAGAUACCAUGCAGUCGUCCUGGAUGCAGAAUUCCUUACAUGUGUUUUGUGCUAUCAGCGGGACUGUAACAGAAUAACUGCGGCUGCACGCCAUUGGGAAGCAACAAGAGAAAGCCCAAACUUGUCUAUCUCAGGAACAACCAGACACAAGCUCACAAACCACUUCUCAUCCUCCAGUAAAGAAGAGGUGCACUGAACCAAUGCUGGAUUGUAUGGCCAUUAUUGCUCUCAAUAGAAACUGUCAACUCAUGUUUGCUUACUGUUACUGGGCUCAGGUUACUGCAUAACCCAUAAGUGUUAGCCAGUGCUUCGCCUCCUCAAAGAUUAAUUGUCAGAUCAGAAGGAUAGUUAUCCUUUAAACACCCCUUGUUCAUUUUGAUCUAUGGUCAAAGGCAGAUACACAUUUAUCUGUAUGAGGCACAUAAUCGCUCAUAUGUCACACCUAAUUCAUAUAGGAUUUAUGUGCUUUUAUUGAUGAGGCUAAUUUAUUUAGAAAUAUUGCCAGUGGGUGUAAGAGAGAAUAUAGCUAUGCAAUUUGUUACAAAUGACUGCAAGCCUUACAAUUACAAAGUGGUUCAGAUGAUGAACCUACUAACAGUAUUCCAGAGCAUUUUCUUAUUAUCGUUACUAUUAGUCUGCUUAUGUACUUCAAUGUAUGCAACAAACCAGUGCCUCCAUGAUUAGCAGCCAAUCAUGUCUUACUCCAAAAAUCGGUACAUAGUUUUGAUUUUGAGUAGAGGGAAGAAUGUAUUUAUUUUAGGCUAUAGCUGGAAUGAAUGAAACCUUUCUUUAUGGCAGUGUGACAUACUUUUUGCACUUGCUCUCACUUUGCAUGUGUGUGCUAGCACAGGGUAUGGCAUUAUUACUCAUGGCAGCUCGGAAAGGAUUCAUAGAACAAAAUGAAGUAAUCUCCUGAGAGUAUUGUAACUCUGCUCAGUAGCCGUUAUGGAGAAACCUGUAAACUCAGUUUAGAGAAUUUUCAAACAGCACUUUUUUUUUGUAAGAGAAAACAGAGAUAAAAUAAAACUGCCUGUUUCCCAAUGAGCAUUUUGUUGGUGUAAGCUGAAUGAGAAAAUAAUACCAAUAAUAUAAUAUGUUUUUAAUAAAUAUAUAAUUCAUAGACUUA